UCCCUCCCGAGUGUUUGUGGAGGACCCACGUGGCAGCGGCGAGUCACGGUCGCUCCGCAGCGACUGGCAGCCUCGCUCCUCUUUGAGACCAGCGGGUUGCCCAGCCCAGCAUGGAGGGCAGAAGGCUCUGCCGCCUCGCCGCCCUUUGGUGCCUCUUCCUGGGGAAUCUCCUGCCCAUGUCAGGAUGUGGACAGAAUGUGUCAUCAGUUCCAUUCAGCAGUGAUACUGGCAACCUCAGCUCUUGGACAAAUGGAUCAAUUGUUACCAGUACAGAAGACAGCAAUAUCACAGUCACUCCGCACUUCAAUGUCAGCAGCUCUACCCCACCUGAACUUCUGGCGCUUACCACACUUGGAUUCUUGAAUACCACAACAACCCAGAGUACAGACCAUGUCACUAAUAUUAGCAAUGGCAUUCCUUCACUUUCUAGUCCAACAGCAAAACUCGUGGAAGCUAACCAGUCUAUUCUGAAUGAUGUCAAAGCCAUGAAUUUCACGUCUUGGGAUACCUCCGGCCCUAACUCCACAGUUACAGAGACCUCUCAAUCAGAGACACAAGGGCCAACAGCUCCCCAGCCACAAUCUUCCACACUCAGCAGUUUGGAACCUAUGGAAAGGAGACAAGAAACCACACCAGAGACAGGCCAUGAAGCAAUCACAGAGGAAAGCAUUAUCAAAUCCACAUCAACUCCAACUGCUGCUGAUGGAAGAGUUCUUGGGGUUUCAUCUAGUACCAUCACAACAUCUGGUGCUGUCUCUUCCACACUCCUGGUCCACAGUGUCAAACCAGUAGAAACAGAACAACCAGCUAACCACCAUGUACAAAAGGCAGCUGUUGCUGAGAUGGGAGAUGAUGGUGGAGAUCUGCCCAGUAUGAUGGAAUCCACCCCCAUACGGGAGGAUCCACUGAUGAUCGCUGUCAUCUUCAGCUUCACUAUUAUAGUAGGAAUUGUGGCUCUCAUGGGUUUCUUGCGUUAUCGUCAGCACAGUGGUCGUCUACAGUUUCGGCGACUUCAGGAUUUGCCUAUGGAUGACAUGAUGGAGGAUACGCCUCUCUCCCUAUACAGCUACUAAGGAACUUGAAGACCAUGUUGUAAUUCUUCUGAAUCAAAAGAGCUCAAACACAGCAAGGAUCCCAACUGAGAAGAUACUCCUCUCCCAGAUUUGCAAGCUGCUGUGUUGAUUUGCAAGUUGUGUGACUCAGCAAAUUACCCCAUAAGGCUAUCUUCUUCUUUUUGAGAACUGAAGCCAACCUGACCUCUCCCUGUUCCCUUUGUACUUUCUGUGCUUGGAGACAAACAACUCUGGGAAAAGUGUCACAGUCUCUCAUCAGGUGACUGCACUAAUUCAUCAAUGCAAAGGGAGGUCUAGCCUGGAUUCCAAGUAGCAGCACUGCAGGACUCUUACACAAGAAAGUGGUAAAGCAAGCCAGCCCUUUGCGAGUGUUCCUUGCAAAUAUGCAUCCAACAAACUAUGACUUAGAGACAUUGUUGGUUCCCUUCUUGAACUUCAUUUUGUUUUAACUGCACUUAUGCUUCAACUUUUCAUCCAGAGGAGCCAAAGAUGUUUCAAGAGAAAAAGGCAGGAAAAUGGGAAAUGAUUCUUUCCUUAAGAGCCCUUCUGAUCAAACCAAAGCUCAAUUUCAUUUGGCAUCCUGUCUUCACAGCAGCUAGGCAGAUGCCGUGGAAAAGCUCAAACAGAGACUGAAGACAAUCAUCAUAUACUGGUGUUAUAGUCUUAGCAGCAGAUGGUGUUUGGUGACCUGUUGAAUAGUUUGACUCCUCUAGAAGCAUUUCCCUCUUAGCAGUUACAGUGAGUUCAAGGUGAAGUAAAAGAUAGCUGUGAUUUGAACAACACAGGCAGAAAGCAGUGUUUUCUCUGUUUCUCUAGCAAAUUGUGCUGUUCAGCCAUAGCACACGAGAUGCCCGUUAAUUAGUUCAUAUCCAAUCUUUAAAUAUACAUGCCCAGUCCUAACAGCACUGUUUUAAUCCCUGACUGCUAAGCGAAGGGACUCUGUUUUAUAGCUGUCUUUAUUUCUUCCAUUGGAAAAGGUGUCUGGAGAUUCCUGCUGCUUACUUGCUAAUUAGGUCAGCAACAUGAAUAGUCCUUGCUAGAAAGAAGAGUCUUGGGAUGGGCUCUUUCCGUUUACAUUCCCACCUCACCUCCACACUGUUCACACACAUAGUCCUCAUUCCCUACCUGUUCUUUCCCCCUUAUUACAUAGAUUAGAGAAACAACUUUGUGCCUUCUCUGUAAAAGUAAGUCCAAAGUAUUGCAUAUGUCUGGAUGUUAAAGUUAGACUUGCUAGUGCCUAAAUUUUCCAUAUGGUCCCAGGUGUUGAGGUGUAUAGUCUGCCCCUAAUGCUGUUGUAUGAGAGAUAGGAAAGGGGAAUUUACUAUCUUCAAUGUUAGCCUCAAAGAGGUUUCCUCCUCUAAGUGUAGAGGUGUUUCUUGUGUUUUCAUUCUCUUAAACUUCGCUUGUUUUUUCUUGCCA